AGUGACAUCACCACGAUCGCUGACCUGAGCGCAUGACUGUGACGUCACUCCAGUUGUUUGGAGAAGCCGGAAGUGAAGGAAAAUUACUACAAACAGAGCGGGGGACAGCUACUGAUCCACACGAAGAGCUUGGCAAAGUCACAACUGAAAACUACUGCCGUCUAAUCGUCACACUUCCUCAAGAAGAACCAGCAGCCGAACCGGAUUAUGUCGAACAUGGAGAAGAAUUUGUUUAACCUCAAGUUUGCAGCCAAAGAACUUCAGCGCAGCUCCAAGAAAUGUGACAAAGAAGAGAAAGCAGAGAAGGCCAAGGUCAAGAAGGCAGUCCAGAAGGGCAAUAUGGAGGUUGCCCGGAUACAUGCGGAAAACGCCAUCCGCCAGAAGAACCAAUCGGUGAACUUCCUUAGAAUGAGCGCUAGAGUGGAUGCGGUGGCUGCUCGAGUACAGACGGCAGUCACCAUGAACAAGGUCACCAAAUCUAUGGCUGGGGUGGUGAAGGGCAUGGACGUAACCCUGAAGAGCAUGAACCUUGAGAAGAUUUCAGCUCUAAUGGAUAAGUUUGAGCGCCAGUUUGAAACUCUGGACGUACAGACGGCUCAGAUGGAGGACACAAUGAGCAGCACCACAACACUCACUACACCACAGGGUCAAGUCGAUGCUCUGAUGAUGGAAAUGGCAGAUGAGGCCGGGCUGGACCUCAAUAUGGAGCUUCCUCAAGGUCAGACAGGAUCGGUGGGAACCAGCGUAGCAUCUGCAGAACAGGACGAGCUCUCUCAGAGACUGGCCAAACUCAGAGACCAGGUUUAAGGAAAACCAGGUGUGUGUAUGUGUGUGUGAAAGAGAGAGAUUGUGUAUGUGCGAGUUUGUAUAAAUCAUAUCCCCUGUUUACUGGCCACUGGAAAUAUUGGCCUCAUUGUUUAUUUGUGUUUAGUUCUCUUUUUAUGCAGUUGAGGAUGGGUGUGCAGCUUUUAUUAUCCACAAUAACAUGCUGGAAACUCGAUUAGACAAAAUUCCAAAUGUUACAUGGUAACGCUGCUGUUACCAUCAGGUUGGUUCUGGGGUCCUGCUCUAAUCUCAGUCACUAAUUACUGAAUUAAAGAUUAUUAUACAUUUCUUUGUAAUCGUACUCUCUUUUUUUAAAUUUGUGUUCAUGUUUUAAAUACCUGCUUGUCUUUCAAAUACAUUUUAUGCCAGUGUAGCUACAUUAACCUACACCAGUGUUGAUAUCAGACAAAUGUUGAGUAAAAUCUGUUUCGUGCUGCUGCACACAUGGUUUGCCUCUGCUUCGAAGCAUUGUGGGAAUUUGUAAUAUAAAAUGCAUGUGAUCAAGAUGAUGAUUUGAAUAAAGUGUCAUCAUUUUGUCCAAAGCAGUAAAAUCCCCAGUUUAUCAGAUUAUUUAUGUUUUAACACUGAUCUUUCUGUUCAUUUAUUCUAUUUUGGUUUAAAGCUUUUGGCAAUGUACGGCUCGAUCCGCUGGUUCAAAUGGGAACAUAUAUAUGUUUGUGUUUAUAUAAAUAAACAUUUUGCAAAUCC